AUGGGCGUUUCUUGUGAUUCUGCAACGCACAUAACCACAAAAACCGUGACGUCGACAAAAACAGUGGCGUCUUUUGUUUCAACAACGAUUCAUCUCACGACAACUCUAACAAAAACUGUGUCACUAACAGUGACGUCGACAACAACAGUGGCGUCGUUUGUUCCAACAAGCGUUUACGUCACUACAACACUGAUGACGGAAAGGCUUUCUUCAUGCCCCUCCAGCGUACUUACCUUACCCAUCAUUACUUCUACCUGUAUUACUAAUGUAACGUCAACGUCGACGCUAACGCACUGGACAUCAACCAACGUUACUAUCAAAGAAGUGGAGGAACGCGCGCAGGAAUUCGUGAAAAAUCUCACAAUCGACUCGAAGAAUACGUCGGCUUAUUUCAGAAGCAAGACAAGCGCCAAGGAUGACAGGCCCUCUGCGAUGCACAUGGGUCUUGUAGGAAUCGUCGUUGUCGUCGUGCCAAUGGUUUUGAUCAUUUUGGUGGACCUGAAAAAGAUAGUGCUAGACAUUCGGUCAUACGAUAACCUUUUCAAGAAGUAACUAUGGGCAUGCUCAUUCUUUUUCAGAGACAUAUACGGGAACUUUCAUCAAGUGCGACAGUUGCUCCAAAGGAAUCCCUCAUUGUUAUGGACUUUAAAAGGUUGCAUAGAAAAUAGAAACUGAACAUAUGCAUGAAUUGAUUAAUGUUCCGUGGACCAUUGUCGUAUAUGUACACAAAGUGUAGACGUAUAUACGUACAAUUGUUACUUCUUUUUAAAGACAAGAGGGUAAUGAUCCAUGAAAUAUAUCAUUCAUAUUCUGUAGCCUCAAAAAGACUUUACCACUGUUUCGCAAAAUGACAGUUUUCCAAAAUAUUGUUCUAGAUUUAAAAAGGUUUGUGUUGCGCUUAUUAUCGAUAAAUUGAAAACUACGUAUAUUGUUAUCGUAGCGUUACAAAUACAUAGCGGCCGUGAUCUGUGAAAAGGGGGUUUAAUGCAUGUGCCUAAAGGGUCGUCCCAGAUUAGGCUGUGCUGACUCCACAGGCUAAUCAGGGACGACAUUUUCCGCCUUAACUAGAUUUUUUGCUGAAUACAGACUUUCUUUAAACGAAAAAUAUCAUAAAAGCGGAAAAUGUCGUCCCUGAUUGGACGAAACUUUUCGCACAAGCACUAAACCAAUUUUCACAGAGCACGGACCAUAUCAAUUAUCACUCGCUUGCAUGGCUAAGUGGUAACGCGUUAAUUUAUUUGUCUAAAGGCCCCGUAUUCUAAUCAAGGUGCCGAUUAGAUUGAUGUUUCCAAUAUUUAUUCGUGCUCUUAUUUUUAUCACAACGCUUUUCGAAAAGCAUUGGGAUUUUGUGGUUAUCUCCGCCGUCUGUCCGUCCGUCCUCGCCACUAUCUCCUCCUACACUUUUAGCACUAGAACCUUGAAACUUACACACAUGGUAGCUAUGAGCAUAUGUGCGACGGUGCUCUUUUUGGAAUUUUGAUCUGACCCCUGGGUCAAAAGUAAUGGGGUUUGGGGUGGGGCUAUGUCAGAGAUUUUCACUCAUUUAACUAACAAGCAUGCGGCGUGGGGAUACGCGGCGGCAUCUGCCGCGCCAUUUCUAGUUAUUUUUUACUUUAAAAAAUCUCAUCUUUAUUUUAUAUAACGAUUUGUUACAGAUAAUUAUUUGUUGACAAGUUACAUUUCUGUAUCAAUUGUGCAUAUACGCGUUUUAAUUCUUUGUAAAAAUGUUGGCAUUUGUUGUAAAAACUGCUGUGUUAAUAAAUUUUUGACCCACAUGGUACGGCAUACGUUAAUGGCUACUGGCCAGUUGCUUUGAUAGCCUAAUCUUUCGCAUCAUAUGUGUGAAUAUGUACACAGGCCAUCGUUACAUGUCUGAAUGUCUAUUGAGUACUGUAAGUGUAAAGGAGGAACACAAAACUUUACAAAACAGCAAUAAGAAGGGACGUAACCAAUAAAAUAAAUAUA